UGAAUCAAACUUGUAGCAAAGGCGUGCGAAGACUGUAUAGAUGGCUCGUGCUCUUUCACCGUGAAUGGAUGCAGGGGAUGGUGAGGCUAUAGAACGAGUUGCUGCGUGGGACCCUGGUCUGUUGGUUAUUCUUUGGUAGCAGGACCACACUUUUUGCUACAACUAUUCACCUUAAAAUUCCACUUACAAUAAUAAUUAUAGUCUUACAAACGCUCAGACCCAGCACUACAGGGGCGCUUGUGUGUAUCACAAAGUCAUUUUACCAGCUGAGUUUGUAACAUCACUUGCUAAGAGCAGAAAAGUCUUCACAUCCAACAUGACCGAAAUUAGUGAAAAAGAGAAUGAUCCCCAGAACUCGGAUCUACAAAGUUCACCUGGAUCCGUAUCAAACAAUCCGCAGGAAUCUAAGUUACAGAAGCUGAAACGUUCCCUUUCCUUGAAGACCAUCUUGAGGAGCAAAAGUGUUGAGAACUUUUUUGUGCGAUCCAACAGUGACAUGAAGAUUCCCUCUGAGGUGCUCCUCAGUCCUCCAACGCCCCCACCUCCAUCUCCACCAACUCUUCAUCCUGAGACUGUACCUGCUGAACAAACAUCAGGAACACUACAUAAACCUCUCGCACCCCUAAAGCCAAUGAGGACACACAGCUUUCAAGAGUACGUCUUCAAAAAGCCUACAUAUUGUGAGCUCUGCCAUCACAUGAUUGUAGGAAACUCGAAGCAAGGCCUGAGGUGCAAGACAUGUAAAGUCAGUGUCCACUUAUGGUGUUCAGAAGAAAUAUCUCACCAACAAUGUACAGGCAAGGUGCCAACUGGAUUCCGACGAAACUUCAGUUCGCCACUGCUGAUUCAUGAGCAGCAUGCGGUAGUUAAAGAAACUCAGACAGCACCUGCAGCUACUGCUGGUAAAGUGGACCCAGUUUAUGAAACACUUCGCUAUGGCACUUCUCUGGCUCAGAUGAGCCGCUCAAGUUUUGGCAGCGUUUCUGAGUCCCCGACAAGAAGCCUGAGUGAAAAAGAUGAGACAGUUGAAGAUGCUGAUGAAAGUACAAAGAGUUCAGAAGAUAAUAUAAGUGAUAAUGUUUUCACAUCUUCCGAUAAUGAAAAAGCAACGCCAGAAAUGAAGAGUAAUGUACAGCUUAGAAAAGCAUCUGUACGGAAAGAAACACCACCAAUGCAUUCCUAUGUGGCACUAUAUAAAUUUCUUCCUCAGGAAACCAAUGACCUGGAAUUGCAUCCGGGUGACAGAAUUAUAGUCAUAGAUGAUUCUAAUGAAGACUGGUGGAAGGGAAAGAAAGGUGAUAAGGUUGGAUUUUUUCCUGCCAAUUUUGUACAACGGGUUCGACCAGGAGAGAAUGUAUGGAAAUGCAUAAAGUCAUACCAGGGAAAUAGAGAACAAGGCCAUAUGACCGUCAAAGAAUUUCAGAUCUGUGUUGGCAAGGGUGAAGAAACCAAUGGCUUCAUAAAGGUUUCAAGUGGAAAGAAAAGAGGUCUUGUCCCAGCAGAUGCCCUUGCAGAAAUAUGACUCCACAACCAGCACAUAAUGAUUUGCUGGAAGGAAAGAAGGCUACGUGGAGCUGGUGGGCUUGGCGCUGUUAUGUCCCACCUGUCCUAUUUGUGCAGCAGCACUUUCUUUACAUGUCUAAUUUUGAAGUAACUACUCACUUUUAAAGAAGAAAAAUAGGCCAGGUCAGCUUUGGAUGCAGACUCUCCACCACUGGAUGUUGAUUGGCUUCAGGAUUAGAAUUGGAGAACUUGUUUAGUGUAAACAAUGGAACUGUGAUAUGUGGACACACCUGCAGCUGUGAAGGCUGAGUAUAUAAUGGACAGAGACCCUAGUGACGUCCACCAUGCUAAUCCAGUAAGAUCAUUGAAGCCAUACAGAGUUUCUGUCAGGCUGUCUUACUGCAGGGAUUCGGGAAGUUUCUACCCUGACAGUUGCAACAUGUGUGCGUGUAUCCUUUGCUAUGACUUUCACAUAGAUAAUGUAAUGAGGAAUGAGUAAGUAAGUUUUGUUCACCUACAGGAAAAAAUUCUCGGGGAAAGCAAUAGUAUUGCUGUACUCUUUAUUCUAUGUAAUGUAUGCCAUUUUAUUGUUUAUGAUAGCCUAGUUUAAAUCAACAGAAACAGAUUUUUUGAGAACUAUUUUAGCUUAGUUUGUGCAAAUGAUUCAGUCUGCUUGUGCUGAUAUGACAGAAAGCAUCAAAAUGUGUCUUGCAGAAGGACAGACUAUCUCCUCAGUUAAAGAAAUCAUGAACACAGGUACACUGCUGAAUCGAUAUUCUUAUCCUGGAUACAGUAUACUUCAAUAGCAUCCAGUGAGUUACAAAGGAAUGUUGGCUGGCAUUAGCAUAUCUGAACAAAAACUGCACCAUAAAAGGAAUUGCGCAAGUUCUGUAACACAACAGGAUGUAUUGAACUGCACUAAAUAAUUAUGUUUUGAAAAAAGAGACAAUAUGCUCCUCUGCAAUUACGUGUAUGCAUUCGCCACCUGUUUACAAAUGUAAAAUAAGUUCAACGCAGUGGUAAUGUUGAUGGAUACCUCUGUGAGCUGUGGAGAUGAAGUGUAAGUGAAAAUUACUAGGAAAUGUUAGAAAAUGUUUCACAAGGACUUUCAAAGUUAAAUUUAAGACAGCUUGUGUUUUAAUAUGUAAACUGCUAAAUUUAGGAUCUAGGGCUUGGACUGUCAGUGUAUUCUCAGCAUCAUUAAGAACUGUCAGUAACUGUGCAUGGGAAAGUUUGCAGUUUUAUAGGUAGGUGUAAAACCCCAAGGAAUUUACCCAGUUUUAAUUCUUGUAAUCUAUAAAUAAUCUAACCCAUUUACCAAUUUCUCAGUAGAAAAGUAACCUUAUUUAUGUAUUGACAUAUUUAAAUGUUAUUAGCGAAAAAAGCACAUUGAACUGUCUAUAAAAAGAAUUGUCUGUAAACUGCAAAAUUCCUAUUGAAUUUUGGGUCUGCAAAUGAUAAGAGACCAUUACAACAGUAAAACUAUUGAACAAAAUAGAUAAACAUAUAAUCAGCAGUAAAAUGAUGAUCACUGAACAGUAACCAGUAAUCAAACCUGGAACAUGGCGAUACUCAAACUGCAGUGUACAACACGAUGUGUGAUAUAGUAUACUGUUGUUUGAUGUGGGGUGUGUUAUAUGGUAUAAGUUCCAAAAUUAAGUGACUUGAACUACCUAAGAAGGGAGAACAUGAGAUCAUAUCACACACCUGCUAUAGAGAGAAUUAAUAACUUAUUUGAUUUUGUUGAUGGAUAGCAUGAAAUUAUUUCAGACAGCAUUAAUGCAAGUAAGAUUAGCAUCCUGGCUGCAUGUAGUUUCUUGAAAUAAAAUAUGCAGAAUCUGAGCAUA